ACUGUAUGCAUAUACACUAUGAUAGAGCUAGGCGUUGUUAGCAAACAGUUAACUUCUGCCGUUUAGUAGCCGAGGCUCGUGUGUCGGCAAAUUAAAAGGAAGUAGUCUUUGUAUUUAACAUGGGUCCAAGAAAAGACUGUCCUUACGUUGAGCUGUAGUUGAUAACUGCCGAAAUAUUUCUUUUUUAGCUCAUAGACGGCGUUAAUUGGAAUACAAAGCUUGUUUUGUCGUGGCUAAACUUUGCUAGCUCCAAAGCUAGCCUGACUGAAUGUGUUACGUCCACCGGAGAGCCCUCUGGACUUGGAGGAAGGAAGGAAGGAAACUGAUAAGUGGGAUAACUGCGCACCUAUGCUCCUGCAAAGCUAGAACUCUAUAGGACUCUUGAGUUAACACCGUGACGCAUUUAGAAAAGGUGACUAUCUGUAGACUUAGCGUGAUAUUUGACACUGUUUGGUUAAUGAGAUAUGCUGUUAGUUGGCAUAGCUAGCUGCUAGCGCCACGUCUCUGGGCUAGCUGUACAGCAGACGAGAGCUAUCCUGUUAGCCACAAACUUCCAAAGAAGUUGUGUAAGUCAGAUUUUUCUUUCUGGUUGAUUUGGUCAAGGAGCUGAACGGUGAUUAAAGCAUUUCACGGUCGGACUCUUUAACUCUGAUCUGCUGUACCACCGGGACAACCGGAGAAACUUAUGGCAUCGGAUGUGAUUGAGAGUGAAGCGGUGCUGAAGGGUGUAAGUGAUAUGAAUUUGAACAAUAGCAGCCCAGAUACUGUCACACCCAGGGGGACUCUUGAGGAUUUGGGAAACAGACAGACGUCCAGCCCGUCAUCAUCCGGUGUAUCGGGAGAAGGCGAUGACGAGGAAACAGACGAAUUGCAAAAUAGCACAGCUUCUGCUGCAGAAAAGGGCGAAGAGGAGUUUCAAGACAGUCUAACCAAAACAAGCGGUACGCCACAGGAAAGGAAGACUCCAGACAAUGUGCAGAAACAACGAGGAAAAAGCUCUACCCCGGUGAGCGUUCCCCAGUCACGCUCACCAGCUGGAGCCACUGGAAGCCUUGAGCGUCAAGAGUCAGUUGCCACAACAGAAGCCCGCCUCAGAAUGGAAGGAGUUGAACUUAAGGAAGAGUGGCAGGAUGAGGACUUUCCACGGCCCCUCCCAGAGGAAGAGGAGCUUGAAGAUGAGCUUUUUGCAGGAGCUUCUGAAGCAGGAAACCCUGGCUACACAGUGAACCAUGGCAAGAAGACUAAGAAAAAACUUGCAGCUCCAGACAUCAGUCUCACUCUUGACCGCAGUGAAGGUUCUCUUCUCUCUGACGAGCUGGAUGAAAGCACAGAGCUAGACCUCAGUGACAUGGACACGCCUUCGGACAACAGCAAUGAAUUUGAAUGGGAAGAUGAUCUUCCUAAGCCAAAACCCACAGAACUACUACAGAAGGGCGUGGAGUCAGUUCACGAGUAUUCGGCCUCUGAGGAGAGGGAAGACAGUCGACGCUGGAAGAUGCUUCGUAUUGGAGACCAGGAGCACAGAGUGGACAUGAAGGCCAUUGAACCUUACAAGAGAGUCAUCAGCCAUGGAGGUUACUAUGGAGACGGUUUGAAUGCCAUAAUUGUGUUUGCUGUGUGCUUUAUGCCGGAGAGCAAUCAGCCAAAUUACAGAUACAUCAUGGAGAAUUUAUUCAAGUACGUCAUUGGCACACUGGAGCUUUUGGUUGCUGAGAACUAUAUGAUUGUGUAUUUAAACGGGGCGACAUCUCGGAAGAAGAUGCCAACUGUUGGCUGGCUUAGAAAGUGCUAUCAGCAGAUUGAUAGGAGGCUACGGAAGAACCUGAAAUCCUUGAUAAUCGUACACCCCUCUUGGUUUAUUCGCACCCUGCUGGCACUCACCAAACCUUUCAUAAGCUCCAAAUUUAGUCAGAAAAUCAAGUACGUGUACAGCUUGUCAGACCUUGCUGAACUGGUUCCAAUGGAGUAUGUGUCCAUACCAGAUUGUAUCAAACAGUUUGACGAGGAAAAAAAUAGGAAAAGCCGUAAAAGGUAUAUGCACUUUCACCCAGGGCUCAUAUUUUGAGGAGGUUGAUGUUUGAAUCGAUCAGGACAUGCACGGCAAAACGGAGAGCGCAGCUGCUACUGUCCCGGAGUGACCUGGCUCACGCUUCGAGACGUGGAAAGGAACGAUGAAGAAUGUUGAGGACUGCAGCCAUUCAUGUUUGUUUUCUGGGUGAUGGGACUGGAGGCUUCUUUGCAUCAAGAAAGUGCCUUUUUGAAAUGAUGCUGCCUGUUACAUGUUGGAACUUUUUUUUUUUUUUCUUUUUGCUGCAUUUCUGUGUCAACCAGUUUGAUCUGCAGCACUGUGUCCACAUGCUGUCAUAAAUGUUUUAAUCCUUUUUUAGUUACUCCUGUAUCUCAUGUCAAACUAAGCGCAUUGGUUUUCCUGUAGCUACUGGUGUAUGUACACUAUUUGAGGCACUCUUGUUACAAGUGGUUGAUGCAUGUUCUACUUUAUUACAUUUAAAAUUAUAUAUUUAUAUUCAAAAGGUGUCAAAGGAAAUAAAUUAAUAUAUUUUUAUGAUGGAUCUGAUUUUAAACUGCGUAUUAGGUCACUGACUCACUGAGUGGCAUUGGAUAGAACACGUUUAAUGGCAUCUUGUUCACUGUUCACUGCUGAUGUUCUCUGUUAAAAUCCUGCCUGGGGAAAGUAAAUCUUUGUUUUUAUUUUAUCUUUUUUUUUUUUCUAUCUUUUUUGUUUUUUGGUCCCUCACUUGAAUGUACUGUUUUUGCUUGAGGGUGAACACUUGUGAAAGAAACUAUCUGAACCAAGGAUGUAAGUCUUUAUUUUCUCAUUUCCUUCAAAGUAAAGCCAUGGAUCCAUUCUGA